UCUGCAUGAAAAACAAGCAGCGCGCGACCAUUCUUCACGCUUACGCACGGGGUAUUCACUUCUUUUACGCACGCUCCGGAGACAAACUAGUCCGAUUUUGGAUCUAGCCUCCUGACUGUUUAUCUGUCACCUCUCUGUUGGUGGUAAUAAUGCUUCCCAGUCCGGUCAUAACGUCUUCCACCACGCCUUUUUCUGUGAAGGACAUACUGAAGUUAGAGUUGCAGCAACACUCUCAGCAGCACCCGCUCCAGUUUAUCUCCUGCUUCGGUCUCUCUGGUGGAGCUUUCCCAAACAAACCCCUCCGCUCUCACUCGCCGCCCUCCUGCAUGUUGGCCGGCAGGGACAGUCCGAGUCCCAUCAGCUCCGGCCUCUCGGAGAGCGAGGAAAGGAUGUCGUACCUCAACACGAUCACCGUACCGGACCGGCUGUCGGGGUCCGGGCUGCCGUUGGAGAUGUUCGGCAACCCGGCGCAGAGUCACUCCGCAGAGCUCGGUCUGGAGACCGAGCAGGAGGAGCAAGACAGCAACAGCUGCGGUGUGCUGCGCGGUGAGUGUGAGGAUCUAGAUUCGGAGAAACCCGCCACCAAGCAGCAGAGGACCAGGAGGAAACCCCGCGUCCUCUUCUCCCAGGCUCAGGUGUUCGAGCUGGAGCGGCGCUUCAAGCAGCAGCGUUACCUCUCCGCCCCGGAGAGAGAGCACCUGGCCAGCUCCCUCAAACUCACCUCCACCCAGGUCAAGAUCUGGUUCCAGAACAGGAGGUACAAAUGUAAGAGGCAGCGGCAGGACAAGACUCUGGAGAUGGCGGGUCAUCACCAUCACCACCACCACCACCCACCACCGCCGCCCAGGAGGGUGGCUGUGCCAGUGCUGGUCCGGGACGGGAGGCCUUGUCUGACUGGAUCCCAGAACUAUAACACCUCUUACACAGUCGGAGCUCCAAACCCGUACAGCUACAACGGGUAUCCAGCCUACAGCUACAACAGCUCGGUGUAUUCUAACACUUACUCCUGUGCUUACUCUAGUUUACCUGCUUUGCCGCCCAGCAACACCACCGCUAAUGCUUUCAUGAACAUGAAUUUAGGAAACCUUGGCGCACAGACGCAAAGCCAGGCUCCCCAAGGAUCAGUGGUCACACCCUGCCAAGGAACUCUGCAGGGCAUCCGGGCAUGGUAGCGUAGCCAUCAUAUAAGGUCACAACUGAGAGAGACUAAUCGGAAUAGACUCAAACAUGAAAAUCAGAUCAAACGGUGCGAGGAUAGCACAAUUUAUAACUGUAACACAUAACAGAAAAUACAGACCAGUUGGCUGGAACUCAAGGCAGGCCUAUGAGGAAACCCUAACCCGCUGACUGAGAGACAUACUGUAGCCUACAUAUUAACUACAGUGUGCGCAUUUUUCUCUGCGCAACAGUGUAGGAAACUUUUUAAAUCUGAAUGUUGUCGAUGAGCAAAGACUGUGCGUAAUGUGGCCUGUUGUGGUUCAAAAAUAAAGAAAAGGGAAAUGGUAUGGACAUUUUCAUAAACACACACGUUUUCAUGCAUACAGUAUAGCCCACAAUGAAUUUAUUAUUGGCCUCAUCCAAUUAGAUCUCCGAAGAAUGCACUGCGAAUAACAAAAUGGACCACAAUGACCAGAUAAUGCAAUCUUAUUAAGUAUUAUGAUUUUUUUGUGUUUGACCAGUAGCUUUUUUUUUUACUCAAAAACAGCUUUU